CGUAAUCGCACAUGGCUCAGCCUCCAAGCCCCGGAGCUCUCUUCCUCACUUUUUUUCUUGUCCUCUCCUCUCUCGAAUCCAUACCUCCUCCUAGGCAGUCCCCCUUAAGGUCUGGGCACAGGGGUGGGCACUGGUGCUCACUGCUUCACCAAGCUUCCACCCUACUUAGACCCUACUUGGCCACUUUUCGUUGGGUCUCAGGCUGGCCGAGCCAUCCAAACCACCUAAUAUUACCGCUACAUACCUCGUCCGUCGACACGCUUCUCCUUCUCCCCCCUUACCUUUCCUCCCCGGACUUAUAUCUACCUACACACCUGCUUCCCUCGGUGAAUUCACAUUGUUAGCCCCCCCCCCUAUUCUAGUUGUAGCCUACUCUUUAUCUAGGUACAUCCAUACAGCCAUUUCGAUGUAAUAUUAGGGUCGUGUGCCAGGGAUCCCGGUGAGACGAACCCCAUGCUUUUUUUCCUCUUUGUCUGCUUCACCGAGAACGCGGCGGGAGAGGAGAGAUACUCCCAUCUGUCCAAGCGUCCGUAGAGGUAAUGGUCUGGCUAGAGCGCCCUCGCUUCCUCCUACAGCCGUCUCUCCGCUGCUCGAUCUCCCUCCCUACCGAACCAAAUGCUCAUUAGAUACCGCCGCUUCAGGCGUAACUACCUGCGCCCGAUCCUCCUCGUCCUCUUCUUCUUCUUCGCCAUCGACGCCGUGCUCGUCGUAAACCGUCGACCCUACACCUAUCGUACGAAGCUGACCGCCGACCGCCGGUCCCCCGCCUCUCCGGCCGGGAACACCACCGUCUUCAUCGUAUCCAUCCACCGCAACACGGAGCUGAUACAGAGGUUGUCGUGGAACCAGGCAGUGCUGGAUCUGGUCGACUACCUCGGCCCCGAAAAUGUGCACCUGUCUGCGGUCGAGUCGGGUUCCCAAGAGGGCACCAAGGAGGCCCUCUUGGACCUCAAGGCCGCUCUCGACGAGAGGGGCGCGUCCAACACCGUCAGCUUGGGGCUGACGGUCUGGGAGCAGCUGGAGGAAAUCGGGACGCGACCGCCCCCGGGCGCGCGUGAGCCCGGCUGGAUCUGGAACGUCGCCGAGAACCAAUUCGAGAUGCGCCGGAUACCCUACCUCGCGAGGGUUCGCAACCAGGCCAUGGCGCCGCUUAAGCAGCUGCGGGCGGAAGGGAGGAGGUUCGACCAGGUGCUCUGGUUGAACGAUGUCGUGUUUGAUACCGAGGACAUUAUCACCCUAUUCAAUACUCGGGAUGGGGAUUACGCGGCUGCGUGCGCGAUGGACUACAAGUCAUCGCCUGCGUACUACGACACUUUUGCGCUCCGCGACGAUUUGGGCCUCAAAACCAGCUCUCUCUACUGGCCGUGGUUCCAGUCGCCCACCGCGAGGGCGUCGGCCGAGCGCAACGAUCCUGUCCGCGUGGCCUCGUGCUGGAAUGGGAUCGUGGCGUUCGAUGCGGCGCCUUUCUACACCAACCCCCCGCUGCAGUUCCGCGGCAUCGACGACAGCCUGGCGGACCUGCACCUUGAGGGCUCGGAAUGCUGCCUCAUCCACGCCGACAACUACCUCACGACCGAGAAGGGCGUGUGGUUGAACCCGAACGUCCGGGUCAGCUACGACAAGAGGGCGUACUACCAUAUCCGGACGAACCGCUUCCCCGACCCCUUCUGGGCCGUGGUGGGCGCGUGGGCCAACCGGCUGAGCAGCUGGCACGUAGGCGUCCAGAGCCAGCUGGAAGCCCGCGUAGUUCGCAACAGGCUGGAGCAGUGGAAGCUCGAAGCGCCGACCGGAGACGUGCCGCGGUACGAACCGGGUGAGGCGUGCCUCAUCAACGAGAUGCAGAUCAUGUGGUCGAACGGGUGGAAACACUUGUAGGAUAGAAUAUAGACUUAGAAAUUUGGGGGAAAGGGGACAAUAAAUCGGUCGGCAAAAAUACAUUUAGAAGAUAAUACCCCAGUAGCACAGCAUUGAUCGAGAGACAGCGCGUGCGGUA